AUGGUGGAGGUCAUCUGGCAAAGGGGCCAUGAUCCGGAGAUGGAGAUCCACUCUUGCGAUGGCCAGCCCCCAAGCGCCCGGGUUGAAGCGGGGCUGUCGCCCUCUGCUCGGAUUGCCUUGUCACCCUUCAGCACCCAGGACUUACACUUCCUCUUGCAGUGUCAGGGUAUCCAGCCGGCACCUGCUAGCCAGGCGCCCAAAGCCACCUCCAAGGCAGAUGCCUGUGAGAGACUUCCCGUGGUCAGUGCAUGGGAUUGGCAGUUCCUGGGCCCUGGGAUUCUAAUCUCCGUCGUCUUCGUCGUGCCCAUUUGGAUCCUCUGCCGCCUGGCCCAGAACAGUGGUCCUUUGUUGCGGCACCGCUUGGGUCCGAAGACCAAAGUAGAUGACGAAGAGGCGGCGAUCUCGGGAGAGCAGCAGCAAGGAGCAGCCGUGUAG